GGCCGGAAUCCCCUCGGAGGAAAUGUAGACACAGACGCGUACAGGGCUCCACUGUCGCCCGCAUCCAGCGCUUCAUUCUCCAGGCAAUAAUAACAACAACAUCCCCGCGGCGUCGACAUGAAGGUAUCCAGCAUCGACUGCCGGCAUCUGAGGAAAAUCAUCAGGAAGGAGUGUGGGAACUGCCUUAUUGUGGACUGUCGGCCCUUUCUCUCGUUCACGAACUCAAAUAUCAGAGGCUCCGUCAAUGUCAACCUCAACUCGGUGGUGGUGCGGAGGUCCCGCGGAGGACCGGUGCCUCUGCAGUUUGUCAUCCCGGACGAGAGCGCCCUGUUUCGGCUUCGGGAGGGAAGCAUUUCGGCCAUCGUAGCUCUGGAUGACCGGACGUCCCACUGGCAGAAACUGAAGAAGGACAGUGUAGCACAAAUAGUAAUAAACACACUCUCACAUCUGACCAGCGGAGCCAACGUCUGUUUCCUGAAAGGAGGAUAUGAGAACUUCCACUCUCAAUACCCCGAACUUUGCACUGAGGUGAAAUCCACUGACCAGAGCGGAACUGAAACCGAGAAAAGAGUCAACACCCACAACGAGAAGCUUUCUCACCACAAACCAGAUUAUGAUCAGGGUAAACCUGUGGAGAUCCUGCCUUUCCUCUACCUCGGUAGUGCCUACCACGCCUCCAGACAGGACUAUCUCAGUGACCUUCACAUCACGGCCUUGCUCAACGUGUCACGCAGGGACCUGCAGCCGACCAAGGGCCACUAUGACUACAAGUGGAUCCCAGUGGAGGACAGCCACAUGGCCGACAUCAGCUCCCACUUCCAGGAGGCCAUAGAUUUUAUUGAUAACGUGAAGCAAUCAGGGGGGAGGGUCCUGGUCCACUGCGAAGCAGGCAUCUCACGCUCCCCUACAAUCUGUAUGGCCUACAUCAUGAGGACACAGCAGCUGCAACUGGACGCAGCCUUUGACAUCAUCAAGCAGCGCAGGGAUGUCAUCUCACCUAACUUCAGCUUCAUGGGCCAGCUGCUGCAGUUCGAGUCAGAGGUCCUCUCCACGGCUCCGACUCACGCUGCCACACCUGAGCCAGCCACACCCUGCAUCCCAGAGUCUGCGUCCUUUUUCGCCAAUGACUUCCCCACCUUCAACACCAAAAACUUUGAGCCGUCCGUGAUCACCCUUCCUACCUCUUACCUGCAAUCCCCGGUCCACCAACAGUUCAAACUGAGCCCAAUAACUGCACUGCCUUAAAGUGAACUGUGACUGCUUGUAGUCUUACUUGAAAAGUAAAAAGAUAAUUGCUCUGUGUGUGCCUGGUGUUGAAACCAGCAGAUAGACUGGAGAUCACAUAAUAGUACUCUUUGUAUGGAGAUUGGGAAAGUGGCCAAUUGGCCUUUUUUACAGCAGUUAUUUUGACUUGUUGUAAUAGGAAAGACACAGAUGUCUAUUAUUUAAUUAUUUACAAAUGUGUUUUGUCCUACUGUGACCUCUCAAAAUGGCUUCUGUGGAAAAAGCUAACAAAUAAAUGGCCCACAGCAGGUAUCAAUGCUGGUUUCCUUCCUUCAGAACUGCAGAUAUGAAACAACACAGCACAGUACUAAACUGCAAUAUACAUGCCUUAGGUUAAUAUUGUGAUUUAUUUGCCUAUUCAAAAAAAUAAAGUCAUGCAUUUAAAUCUAAAUUAUUUGAGAGA